GAAAGCGGCAGUCGAGUGUCCAAGGGCUUAUACUCUCUGCUAAUAGACUGAUCACGCCCCCAAAGUCUAAAGGUCUCUCGUCGAGCUUCAUUACCGUCAUCCUGCACGAAAGCCUUUCGAUAGGAUGUCUACUCGUGACAUAUACCCGACCCUCGUCUUUGCUGCCAUGUGCGGUGUAACUCUGGCCGCUCCUAGUACUGGUACAGACUCUGCCCUUCGCAGAGGCGAGAAGAUACGCGGGGAAGACGAGAUGUCCGCGAAAAUGGCCGAGGUGAAUGCUUCCAAGACGCCUAAGAAGCGAGCGAGCGAGCACAGCACAGGACAGGAUAUCGCUUCAACAGAUAGCGAAGGGGCUGUAUAUUUGCACCAUCUCGUGCGUGCUCCCCUUCAAGAGUCGGCGAGCUCAUCGUGAGUCAGCUCGAUGAAUAUGAUUCGAGGUCGCGGU